GGUCGGAUUUGAUGGGCCGUCGGAGCAAAAGAGAGUGGUGGAAACGGUCGUGCGCGCUAUCAACAGAAUGAGUGGCCAUAAAAGCACCAGAUUAGCUUUUAACGGUUCCGUUUCGGCCUGGGAUUUUGGCCGCCAUGCGAUUAGGAAGAGCGUUUAGUAGCCGUCCAGCUGCCACGAAGCAAGCGACUCCCCAGAAAUGACCGAACUGAGACCCUUGAGCGCCGAACUUCGCCGCAUUGCUGAAACGGAACUAAACGAGGUGGAGGAGCGAGUGCCAGCGGAUCUGGCAGCUCUUCGUGAUUGGUUGGCCAAGCAACCUCAUCUGAGGGGCCGUCAGGAUGACCAAUUCCUGGUUGGCUUCUUGCGAGGCUGCAAGUUCAGCCUAGAGAAGACUAAGUCCAAGUUGGAUCACUUUUACACUAUCAAGACGCUAAUGCCAGAGCUCUUUGGCAAUCGAUUGGUGGACGAAAAGAACCUAAUCUUGUGUCGAUCUGGAACCUAUGUUCGAUUGCCCAAACCUUGGGGCACCGAUGGCCCCCGCCUGCAGCUUACGAACUAUGAGAAAUUCGAUCCAAAGAAGUUCAAGUUAUUGGAUCUCUUCCGCUACCAAACCAUGAUAACGGAACAGUCAAUCCGUGAGGAUGACCACAGCAACGUUAGCGGCUACGUCGAGAUCAUUGACAUGGCUAAAUUGAGCCUCAGCUUUUUGGCCCAACUAGAUUUCACGCUCAUCAAAAGGAUGGGAAUAUUCGCAGAAAAGGCUCAGCCCACUCGCCUGAAGGGAGUCCACCUGAUCAAUUGCCCCAAGGAGGGAAUGGCGUUACUGAAUCUGGCAAAGAGCCUCAUGCCCAGCAAGCUCCAGCAGCGGUUUCACGUGUAUAAAAACCUGGAGCAAUUAAAUGAGGUGAUACCACGCGAAUACCUGCCGGAAGAAUAUGGCGGCAACAAUGGACGUAUAGCCGACAUUCAGGCGGAGGCGGAGAAGCAAUUGAUGUCCUAUAAGGACUAUUUCGCAGAGGACUGCCAGUACGGAGUGGAUGAGCAUCUGCGACCUGGAAAGCGUGUUAAUGCGGAUUCCAUUUUCGGCGUUGAGGGAUCCUUCCGAAAACUCGACAUCGAUUAAAGUCGCAACGUGUCUUAAUUAUAUUAGUAUUUGAAGAAAUAUGAAAAUGGAAAUACUUCAAUAAAAAGCAAAAGCACUCCUCGAAAAGGCCAA